CGAUGCAUGACAGCAAAAGACAUCCAUUAAACGUGAAAAAGAACGUGUAAAAGGAGUCUCAUAAUUUUCUUGCCAGCCAUGAAAGCUUGAGAGCAUCGGCAGCAGCUGUUCAAGGCGUGCUAAAGCUAAACAACUUCCGCUCGAGUCCAGCGAACGAAGUUUGCAAUGGAUUUUCUGUCUCUAUUCAUUGUGGCAUUGAUGCCAGUUCUGGAGACACUCUUAGUUACGGCUGUUGGUCUUGUUCUUGGAAUGGAAAGUAUAAAUCUCUUGGGGACAAUUUCCAGGCAGUAUUUGAAUAAACUAGUAUUUUUUGUGUUCACUCCUUCACUGAUCGUCAGUGCCCUGGCGGAUACAAUUACAUUAGACGGUUUGGGAACCUUAUGGUUCAUGCUAGUGAAUGUCCUUAUCACAUUCCUUAUUGGCUCUGCACUUGCAUGGAUACUCAUAAAAAUCACAAGAGCUCCUCAACAUCUGCAAAGCCUUAUCAUUGGUUGUUGUGCUGCAGGAAAUUUAGGGAACUUGCUUCUGAUUAUCCUCCCAGCAGUCUGUGAGGGGGAUGAUAGUCCGUUUGGAGAUUCUUCUGUUUGUUCUACCGAUGCAGAGGCUUAUGCUGCACUUUCUAUGGCGGUAAUAGUCCAUUUUUCUUACUCUAAAAUCACAAAAAUCAACAAAUGUUACAUCUUUUAUUUCCGAAAAUAUCUCUGGAUGAAUUUGAAUCUUUUUGUUGUUUCUGUUUCGAUUAUGCAUUUAGGUGCAAUAUAUAUAUGGUCUUAUGUGUAUCCUAUCAUGCGGAUAUAUGCAAACAAGGCAACUAAAGACAUUGACACGGAUGGCUCUUCGACAAGGGAUAACAUUUCUGGAGAAACCUCGUAUUUACAUUCAGAGAUUGGCACAGCACUGCUCCUUCCUUCAGAGGGUUGCCCAAGCUCAGAGGAGUUUAUGGAUCAAGUAGAAGUCCAGUCGACUGGACCUGAAGGAAAAGUAAAGGUGACGUUUCUGGAAAAGACCAUGCUGCACCUUAAGAAGCUUAUUGGGCAUGUGGACCUCAAAAAAUUGUUUGCGCCGUCAACCAUUGCAGCAAUUUUUGGGUUUAUCAUUGGAAUAGUCUCUCCAAUUCGAAAGGUAUUGAUUGGUGAUGAUGCUCCCCUUCGUGCCAUCUUCAGCUCUGCAAGUUUGUUAGGGGAAGCAACAAUACCAUCCAUGACAUUGAUAAUUGGAGCAAGCCUUCUUAGAGGUCUAGAAGGUGCCGGAGUAAGUCCUGCACUCAUUGUAGGGAUUAUCGCAAUUCAGUACAUCAUCAUGCCUUCACUGGGUAUUGGUAUUGUUAAGGCUGCAAACCAUUUUGGCAUUGUGGGAUCAGAUUCAUUAUAUCAGUUUACACUUAUGCUUCAGUAUGCUCUUCCACCUGCAAUGAAUGUAGGUACCAUUUCUCAAUUGCUUGAGACAGGAGAGAGUGAAUGCUCUGUCAUUAUGCUAUGGACUUAUGCUGUGGCAACAUUCUCUCUGACACUAUGGUCGACCAUCUUCAUGUGGCUUGUUUCUUAAUCUGGAUUACUUGAUUCGUUUGAUGGUCUGAAAUCAUUUUUUAUCAGCAAAAACAAGGAAAGACCAAAAAAAAAAAAAAGGGUGCUAGAUGCUACAUCUUCAUCUCAGUCCAAUCAAUAUCUAUUGUGUUGGUGUAAUAUAUCUAUAUCAGUAUCUAUUGUGUUGGUGUAAUAUUAUCUAUCGUGUUCAUGGACAAUGCCUCGCCAACAUAACUCAAUUUACCAUUUGUUGCACCUGUGCCAUAAAUUCUUGAGAGAA